GGUAAACUCGACCCUGGAAUCGUAUUCUCUUCUUUGGCAUUAUUCAAUGCUAUUCGAAUGCUUUUAAUGCUCAUGCCAAUAGCUAUAACUUCUGUUACUGAUACCUAUAUAACAAUUAAUCGAAUAAAUGAAUUUUUGCAGGCUGAUGAAUUAUCAGUUUUAUCGAUAAUCAAUCCGGACGAACAAUAUGCUGUUAAAAAUGGAAAUGAUUCUUCAAUUGUUGUUUCUAAUGAAAAGGCUCCAACUUCGAAUGAUAGUAUUUCUAACACCUUUAUAGCUUUUACUCCUGAUGAUUUGGCUGAAAACCUUGAAAAUUCUCAGUCAUUUUCUCCAAAAUCUCAACUUCGUAACAUUAAUGUUUCAAUACCUCGUGGAAAGUUGAUUGCCAUUAUUGGUUCUGUAGGUUCUGGAGAAGUCCUACUUGGGGGGAAUAUUGGAUACUGUCCUCAAACUGCGUGGAUUCAAAAUGCUACAUUCAGGGACAAUGUUACUUUUGGAUUACAUUUUGAUGAAGAAAAGUAUCGACAAGUAAUUAAAGAUUGUUGUCUCGAACCAGAUUUGAAAGUAUUACCUGCUGGUGACUUGACGGAAAUUGGAGAAAAAGGAAUUAAUUUAUCCGGGGGUACACAAAAACAACGUGUCAACAUUGCAAGAGCUGUGUAUUAUAAUGCUGAUAUUGUACUAUUAGAUGAUCCAUUAUCGGCAGUUGAUGCACAUGUUGGAAAGUACUUAUUCACAAACUGUAUUCAAGGCGCACUUGCCAAAAAAAACGCGUUUACUUAUUUACAUUAUCUAUCACAAGUUGAUUACGUAAUAUGUAUGGAAGACAGUGAAAUCGCGGAACAAGGAACUUAUGAAGAAUUAAUGAAAAAUGGGCAAGCCUUUUCGAAAUUAAUUGCUGAAUAUGGUGAAGCCGAAAGUGAUGAUAAAAUAAAAGAAGACAUAGAAUCAACGUUGGACGAAGAAAAAGAAAAUAAAAAAGAUCAGACAGUUGUUUUGUAUAGAGGAUUAAUGUCAACGGAAGAACAAUAUACAGGGACAGUGAAUAAUGAGAUAUAUUUGGCAUAUAUUAGGAAUGCGGGCCUUGAUUCAGUAUUAAGCUCAUCGCUAUACGCCCAUUUUUCCGAGACACUUACAGGAUUGUCGAUUAUUCGUGCAUAUCGCGAAGAAAGAUUUUCGAGAAAUAACGAAGCUUUUUUAGAUAUCGAAAAUAGAGCAUACUUUCUUAUUAUAUGUAUUCUGCGAUGGCUUGCAUAUUCUUAUGCACUUCAAGUUACUUUAUAUUUUGAUUGGUGUAUUAGGCACAUUUCUGAAGUGGAAGCGAAUAUGAACUCAGUGGAACGUUUAGUUUACUACAGUGAUAAGACCACCCCUGGGUGGCCAGCUCGUGGAGAAAUUCACAUUAAAAAUUUGGAAAUUAAAUAUGGACCUGAUAGUCCUCUAGUUUUAAAAGGAAUCUCUGUUAAUAUUAUGGCAACUGAAAAGAUUGGAAUUGAUGUGGAAAAUCAACGUUGGCAACGUCAUUCUUCAGAUUUAUUGAAGCAACUUCUGGAAUAUAUCAGUGCUAUUGGAUUAAAAGACCUUAGAAGUAAUAUUACUAUUAUACCUCAAGAUCCCGUACUAUUUAAUGGCACUAUAAGAAGCAAUUUGGACCCAUUCAACGAGCAUAACGAUCUCGAACUUUGGAAUGCACUUCGUCGUGUACACUUGAUUAAAAGUUCCAAUCCUACUUUUGAAAAAGAACCAGAAGAGUUAGAAGAUAUUCAUUCUAUUUCGGAUCUGAAAAGUAGUAAACAGGAACCAAUAACGCUCAACUUACCUGUCACGGAAAAUCGAGCAAAUUUUUUCCAAGGCCAACGACAGCUAAUUGCACUUGCCAGAACAUUAGUUCGUCAUCCCAAAUUGAUAAUAUUAGAUGAAGCUACUGCAAGUGUAGAUUUUAAAACUGAUCAUCUGAUACAGACUACAAUUCGGAAAGAGUUUAAAGAUA